AUGACUGCAUCGUGGUGGCUUCACGUGGACCACCCUCCGUGCCGACCGUCCUUAAGUAGCAGCUACGCCCACGGAGCGUCGGCAGUCUCGCUGCUCUCCAUGACAGUAGGCCAGAGCCUGGAGAAUGCCGCCCGUCGAUGGCCGGAGCGUGAAGCUGUAGUCUUCCCUGAAGAUGGCAUCAGGAAAACUUUUGUGGAUUUUCAGCGGGAUGUGGACGAGGCAGCCGCGGGGCUGCUGGCUCUAGGCCUGCAGCGAGGCGAUCGUCUUGGCAUUUGGGGUCCUAACAUGUACGAGUGGAUCCUCUUCCAGUACGCCACGGCCAAGGCGGGAAUCAUACAGGUGUCCUUAAACCCGGCCUAUCAGCCGAAGGAAGUCGAGUUCACGCUCAGAAAGGUGCAAUGUAAGGCCGUACUGUGUCCCAGUAGCUUCAAGACACAAAACUUUUGCGAGAUGCUGCGACAGAUCUGCCCGGAGAUUGACACUGCGACACCAGGCGACAUCCAUAGCGCCAGGUUGCCAGACCUGCGCGCGGUGAUCGUGACAGACCGACGCGAGGCGGGAAUGCUGCACGUGGACGACGUCUUCCAAGCGGCGGAGAGUCGCCACCGCCGCCAGCUGAGCGAGCUUCACGGCAAGCUGUCGUGCGACGACGCCAUUAACAUUCAGUUUACCUCUGGCACAACCGGCGACCCCAAGGGCGUGACGCUGUCUCACCACAACGUGGUCAACAACGCCUACUUCCUGGGGCUGCGAGCGGGUUACGACUGGAGGCCGUCGGUGCGCGUUUGUAUGCCCGUUCCGUUGUAUCACUGCUUUGGCUCAGUGGUGGGCGGCAUGUGCAUGGCCAUGCACGGCCUCACCCUGGUCUUCCCCUCCACCGCCUACGACAGCCGAGCCAACCUGGAAGCCAUGCACAAGGAGAAGUGCACUUUCAUCUACGGCACUCCCACCAUGUUCGCAGACCUGCUAGGCCUGACGGAUCUGGAAAAGUACGAUUUGUCCUCAAUGGAAGGCGGCAUCAUGGCGGCGUCCCCCUGUGCCCCCGAGUUGGUGGCCAAAGUGAGGGAAAAGCUGCACAUGAAGGAGCUCAUGAUCGGCUACGGCACCACAGAGAACAGCCCCGUCACCUUCUUGGGGUUCCCGCUGGACAACGACGAUCUAAAGCUGCACACGGUCGGCUGCGUCAUGCACCACGUCGAGGCCAAAGUGGUGGACGUUGACACGGGUGAGACGGUGCCGCUCGGUGCCACGGGAGAGCUGCUGAUCCGGGGCAGCUGCGUCAUGCAUGGCUACUGGGACGAGCCUAACAAGACCCGUGAGGUGGUCGGACCGGACCGCUGGUACAGAACUGGCGACGUGGCGAGCCUGAACGCGCUGGGUUACUGCUCCAUCGAGGGUCGCAUCAAAGACAUGAUCAUCCGCGGUGGCGAAAACAUCUACCCGGCUGACAUCGAGCGUUUCCUCUACACUCACCACAAAGUGCUCGACGUGCAGGUGGUGGGCGUCAAAGAUGAUCGACUCGGGGAGCAGGUGUGCGCUUGCGUCAGGCUCAGGGAAGGACAUACGUGCUCGGCGGAUGAGAUCAGAACCUUCUGCAAAGGCCAGAUUUCCCACUUCAAAAUCCCUCAUUACGUGGUUUUUGUGGAUAACUUCCCCAUGACGGCCUCCAGAAAGAUCAAGAAGAACGUCUUAAAGGCGGACAUGGAAAAGCAUUUGGGCCUCUCGGUUUGA